AUGAAGAAAACCGAACGAAUUGCGAAUUUGGCUUUAACAGGUUUAACCUUAGCACCGCUUUUUGUGAAAGUAGAUCCGAAUUUAAAUGUUAUUUUGACUGCUUGCCUCACUGUGUUCGUGGGAUGCUACCGCUCUGUCAAACCAACUCCACCAACUGAGACAAUGUCGAAUGAACAUGCCAUGCGUUUUCCCUUUGUUGGGAGUGCGAUGUUAUUGUCUCUUUUCUUACUCUUCAAGUUUCUAUCCAAGGACUUGGUGAACACUGUAUUGACAGGCUACUUCUUUAUACUUGGGAUUGUUGCGCUUUCGGCAACAUUGUUACCAUUUAUUAAACGUUUUCUGCCGAAGCAUUGGAAUGAGGACAUCAUAGCCUGGCGUUUUCCAUAUUUCCGAUCUUUGGAGAUUGAGUUUACAAGGUCACAGGCCGUUGCUGGAAUCCCUGGGACAUUUUUUUGUGCUUGGUAUGCUUUGCGGAAGCAUUGGCUAGCAAAUAAUAUAUUGGGUCUUGCUUUCUGUAUUCAGGGAAUUGAAAUGCUUUCUCUUGGGUCUUUCAAGACUGGUGCUAUUCUCUUGGCUGGUCUAUUUGUAUAUGACAUUUUCUGGGUUUUCUUCACUCCAGUUAUGGUUAGCGUUGCAAAAUCAUUCGAUGCUCCAAUAAAGCUUUUGUUCCCCACAUCAGAUUCUGCAAGACCAUUUUCAAUGCUUGGACUUGGUGAUAUUGUUAUCCCUGGUAUUUUUGUAGCAUUGGCUUUGCGGUUUGAUGUGUCCAGAGGAAAACAGCCCCAAUAUUUCAAAAGUGCAUUUGUAGGAUACACUGUUGGCUUGGUCCUUACGAUUAUUGUCAUGAACUGGUUUCAGGCUGCACAGCCUGCUCUUUUGUAUAUUGUACCUUCUGUAAUUGGAUUCUUGGCUGCUCAUUGCUUAUGGAAUGGUGAUGUCAAACAGUUGUUGGACUUCGAUGAGUCAAAGACUGCCAAUUCACCUCAAGAGAGUAACGACAAGUCUAGCAAAAAGGUUGAAUAA